AUGUAUUUUUCAAAAAUUUCCCUUCAUUUCCAGGAACCAUCGACCCUUUCACCGACCGAUUUCCCGACCCCUGAUAUUCUGACGACAGAAACCGGUGAAACAACAGUGGAUAGUGGAGAGAUCCACUCGACAAUGAUGUUGACUCCUGAUGAGACACCUGAGCCGAUCACACGGAUUACACCUGUCGAGCAAACGGCCUCCUCAACGGAAACCUUUACUCAUACAGUUGAAACAUCAACUUUUUCAACAACGUCUUUCGAGCAAACUACUGAAUUUAUUCACACGAUUCAACCGGAUUCCACUCCGAUAUCGAUCGAUCCAAUCACUGCCACUUCGAUGGAGACUUUAGCAACCAGUGGAGUACCAAUGGUCACAUUGACAGAUGAUUUCCCAAAACCACCGACACCCGCAUGGCAGACUGGAAGAUGGUCAUCAUCCACCAUCACUUCGCCCGUUUCGAUCACUUUUUCGACUGUAUCGGAAACGUUUGAGACGACUUCUCUCUCUGAGCAAGAUCAAGCAAUUCAACAUGCUUGCGGGCAAAAGGAUGAGGUU